CAAGAAUCAGAUGCAUAUCCUCUCUCCUCAAUCAUAUUCUUCUGGUUCAAGUUGCUUGGAUACAUUAUUUGAUGUAUCUUAUCACAACAAGUGUACAUCAUUUUCAAAUACUGAAUAUAUUUAUUCUGAUAACCAACCUAUGAACUCCAAUGCCUCUUUGGUACCCUCUAUUGAACAUCUACUAUGCGACUUCCAAGCUUCAAAUGAUUAUUAUUAUAGAAAGCGCCCUGGCCCUCCACCAAAGGCAUAUACCAGGCGCGCUGAGCAAAAUCGAGCUGCACAAAAAGCUUUUCGGGAAAGAAAGCAGAAAUAUGUCAAAGAGCUCGAAGAAAAGGUUAUGUUUAUGGAACAAUUAAAGAUCGAACUUGAACAUCUACGUGAAGAAAAUAUAAAAAUCAAGGCAUACGCAACAAAACUUGAACAACAACUCGAAGGAAAGACAAUGACAACUUCGGGUAUACCUCCUCAAACUAAACACGCAAUCGAAAGAACCAAAUCAAAUCAGAGGCGACCAAAGAAAGCACCAAAACAAAAAAUUCAAGCGUCUGAUCUUUUACCAAUUCCUCUUUAUACUCCAGAUAAGGCCGUCAUGUUGGCUUCUUCUUCUUCGACAGGUGAGCAAUCGCCUGCUACGAAUUGGAUUGAUUCCCUCUUUAUGAACUCUAUGCGUCCAUCUUCUCCAAGCAUACAAGUAAUGUAACUUAAUUUAUGUAAAUGUACUUUCAAUUAUGUGUAUAAAAAAAAGAAUGUAUUCUAUCUUUUUUCAAUAAAGCCUUUUUUUGU